AUGAAUGAGAAUGGAGAUCAGAAGAAAAUGAAACAGGGGACACUGGAUUCAUAUUUUAAUGUUAGAAAUAAAAGAAAGACCGAAGAUGGUUUGUCGUCCUCAUUAAGCGUUUCUUCAAUUGAUAGGGAGAAUGGGCUUGACCAGGAAACUCAAGAUACCGAAAUGGGAACAAUUAGUUCUAUAUUUGAUCUUACUCCUGAAAAUGAAAUGCAGUUUUGGGAAAAUGAUUCCUCUAAUUUUGGUCAGUUGAUGAAGAUUGUUCUUGAAUACUCUACUAGAAAAGAAAAUCGACCUCCAUUACUCGCUCCUCUUCUUUGUUUGAGGUAUCUUUUGAAACAAGGUUUGGAAAUUCACGGUCACGAGGAUGAGGAUGAGGAUGAAGGAUUAAGUAUUGAGGAGAAUUUUGUUGGGCUUUUAAAAUUGUUGGCCAAAUAUGAUGAGACUAUUGAUGAAGCUGCAAUAGACAAUGCUUCUUUAAUUCAUAAAGAUAUGAUCAACUCGUGUGCACAAGAAACAACUAAAGCCAUUGUAAAAGACAUUGCUGGUGACUUCUUUGCCAUAUUGGUGGAUGAAUAUUUCGAUGUAUCAGAAGACCGGGAAGUUGCUUUGUGUCUGCGGUAUGUUGACAGAGGGAGAUGUGGGAAGCAUUCUUUGAGUUCGUCUAAGAUCCGUGGGCAAGGUUAUAAUGGGCUAAGCGGCUAUAUUCAAGGGGACAUCGGUGGUCUGAGGCACUUGAUUAUGGAAGAAACUCAGUUGGCAUAUUAUAGUCAUUGUUUUGUCCAACUUCAAACGACACUUGUUGCAAUUUCUCGACAGAAAGUCGAUUGUUCAAAUAUGUUUUAUUAUGGACUUAAUCAUCUAACAAGUGUGCUUGGAGUUUCUUGGAAGGAUAGCGAAAUUUCACAAGAAAGUCAGUUUGAAGAAGUUUCACAAGCUUUUGAGGAUGUUCCAAUUGAAGUUGCCAGAUGUUUGAAUCAAAACAUUGGCAGCUUGGAGAGGUUGAGAUGUACCUGGUGGCGGCCUUACCAUAAGCUGGUUUCAAAUGUCAUUGAGUUUUAUCAAGUGAUACUUGAUAUGCUUGACAUGAUUCAGGAUAAUUCUUCAAGGGCAUUUGACCGAUUUGAGUUCCGUGUUGCUUGUGAUGCUGUUCUGUCUUUUGACUUUGUUUUCAUGGCACAUGUGAUGAAGACAAUAUUUGAGGUUACAGAUGAACUAAACAGUGUCUUACAGAAAAAAGAUGAAGAAUUUGCCACUGCAAUGUCACUUGUGAAGUCGGUCACGGAACGAUUACACGAAAUAAGAGACGGUAGAUGGGAAGCUGUCUUAGGAUCAGUCAUUUCCUUUUGCAAUGAAAAUGAAAUUAAAGUUCCUAAUAUGGAAGAUAUGUAUGCUCCUUUGUCAAGAAGAAGAGGCGAGGAACUAAAGACUACAAACCUUCAUCAUUAUCAAUCGAUUUGA